CGGUCGUGCUGGUCGCGUGCGUGAGCGGGAGGGGAACAUUCAUCUGCGUCAACGCGUCAGUGCCUCCCGCGCCAUACCGCGGCAUAACUUGCCGCGCGUUUCGUCGUUACGCGCGCCUAUCCCGCCAGCACUUCAAUGUAUUUCGCGUGUGCUUAGUGUUUUAAACUUUGGAUGUUCGUUUAGCAAUCAUGGGUGGACUAAGUAUUGUGCUAUUGUUUGUGAUGUCGUCGAGUCUGGUUGUUGCAGAGACAAAAAUGACGAUCGCGGAGAAACUUCAAGAGGACGCAGACCUCUCACAGUUCCUAGCGCUAGUAAACAGAAACAUGGUGGCCAACAUGAGCUUGCAGUACCGACAGAUGACAAUGUUCGCACCGACUAACGAAGCCUUCCAGAGAUAUAACGACGAAAUGGACGACAAUCUUGUACUGUACCACAUAUCCAACUUAGCAACAACUCUAACAAACUUAGACUACUCGAUAUCAUCAGAGUUAGACGGCAAUCCACCACUUUGGAUCACACGACGACGCGAUACAAUGCACGAUGAUAUUUACGUGAACAAUGCUAAAGUAUACAUCACAAGGUCAUAUCAAGCUGUUAAUGGAAAAGGUAAACUACAGGUUCUCCAUGUAAUAGAUCAAGUACUGCAACCUCUGCAGCCGCUUGGACCGAUGUCAACGACAAAUCCCGUCUACAAUCCAAAUGCCUAUCAAUUUUUAGAGCAUUCCGAUAUAUUCAAUAUCGGCCAGCACAGAUUAAGGUCUUUUCGGCAAAAAGUAAAUCAACUUCAAAAGAAGGAAGUUUUCAACGCUGAUGGGAGGCAUACAUUUUUUAUACCAGUGGAAGAAGGAUUUAAGCCAACUGCCCGUUCAGAUUUCAUAGAUGAGAAAGUGAUAGACGGUCACGUUAUACCACAUCACGUUUUGUUCACUAAAGCGACACCAGAGAGCCAGGAGUUUGAGAGUUUGGCAUUCAGUGACAACGUUAAAGUGAUCAUAUCCUUUAGUGUUGCUGUUAAUGGACAGGAAGAAUUAACUUAUGUGAAGUCAAAUACGGUUGCUGGUGAUGCGAAACACACCAGAGGCGUUGUACUUGCUGAUAUCGUCAGAGCGAACAUACCAGUUAAGAACGGCGUAGUACAUCUAAUUCAGAGGCCUUUGAUGGUCGUUGAUACCUCCGUUAUUGAUUUCCUGAAGGGUAUUGAGAAGGAAGACGGUCCCCUUUGCAAGUUCUAUGAGGUAAUAAUGGACUUGGGUGAAAACAAUCAGUUCCUCAACGAGUUAACUGUGGCAAAGGAUAUAACUUUGUUCGCACCUUCUAACGAAGCUUGGAACGAGAAUAGUGUUCAGAAUAUUAUUAGAAACCACCAAAAACUAAGGGAAAUAUUAAAGUUGCAUUUAGUGAGAGAAAGGCUACCACUAGAUGCCAUUAUUCACAAUAACAUGAAUCAGAUAUACCAAGCACCGACCGCCGCUGCACGCAAGUAUCUCUACUUUAAUGUAGUGAACAGUAAUUCGAAUCAGACGCUAACUGUGGAGGGCGGUGGAGUGAACGCUACAGUCACGCAGCCCAACAUUGCGGCAACUAAUGGAUUUGUACACAUCAUCGACAGAGUACUAGGUGUACCGUACACCACUGUGUUCGAGAAAAUAAGAACUGACCCAAUGCUCAACGUAACGUAUAACUUGGGAAAGCGGCAAAUGUUUAAUCAUCAACUGAAUGAAAUGGAACAUAGGUAUACGUAUUUUGUGCCGCGGGAUCACGCCUGGCUGAAGUUCCAAAUUAGGCACCCGUCUGCUUACAAGGCUUUGUUCAGGGAGGAUUAUGGUUAUUACACUAAACAAAUUUUGGAAAGACAUGUGAUUAGAGCAGGAAGAUCUUACACCGUGUCCGAUUUGAAACUAAUGGCGAACGAAACUCAUCCCAUUAUCUUACCAACCACACGUGAUCCUCUUAAACUACGAGUGAAGGAAUCCGACAAAAACUAUUACGUGGAAUGGAACGGGCAUUGGAUUCACGUGUUCAGACCGGACGUGGAGUGCACUAACGGCAUUAUUCACGUAAUAGACGAACCUUUUGUCUUGGAGAGCGACAUACGACUCACAGGCAGUGCUGAAAAAACCCGCGUAGCGUACACAUAUUUCUUACUCUUCGUUUCCUAUAUGUUCGUUAAAAUUUUAGGCAAUUGAGUUAACGAUUCCUUGUUAGUCCCGAUUAUUCUAAAAACAGUAUUGUAAUUUAUUUUCUAACAUUAAAUAAAUCAGUUAUCUAAAUCAUAGAACAAAACAUUCGUUUUAAAAUCAAACAAAAAUAUCAACUUCAAAUAAUACAGGGAUGCACUUAUUUGGAAUAGAAUUAAUUUUCUGAUAUCCGGCGUUUUUACAUUUUUGAAUUAUACAAUUUUAUUAUAUGACUCGGUUUUAUUAAACUUUUGAAUGGUUACCAGUAUAUUACAAUAAGGGAUUGAUAUUAAAAAAAGGCGUUACUAACGAAGAUUACAAGUACUUAUCAUAUAUAGAUACUGCCAUAAAAUUGAUCUACGUCGUAGCAAUUCUAACAUAAUUAUACAACUUUGAAUAUACAUAUAAAUGUUUGAAAUCGCUUAUCGCUGAUACUGUUCUCACUGUAGUAUUUUAAACGAAUUUGUAAUAAUUAAAUUAGAUAAAAAAAUUUAAUGUGGUUAUAAAAUUAUAAUGCGUAUACACAUUUAAUAGAUAAUAUUGGCCAAGUUAUAGUAACAAUUAAUAUAAUUUAUAAUUAAAUAAUACUAGUUCCAAUUACGAUGUAAUAGAAUUAACAACUAAAAAACUAGAAGCAGAGCUGAACAACUUUUGACAUAUGAUUAAAAUUAAUUGCAAAUAACAUAUUUUAUAUUCUACCUAAAUAUGUGUCUGUAAUAAGGGCUUUUAUUCUUUUUUCGUUCAGUUUGUUAUUUCUGCUUCGUUUUGUUUAUUUUUCAAAAUUUAAUCAUAUUUCUUUAAUAU